AAUCAGAAGAAAUAGAGGCUGGAGGAUUUGGUUUAGGGUAUCUAGACGAGAAGAUGACAAUCACCCGAGAGACCGGGAAAAGUGUCCAUGCUGAAGAAAAAACAGAGGAUGUGGGAGAGCCCUCGAUAGCACCGGGUGCAGAAGAGGACGUUCGGAAACGCUUUGCUAAUAAGGCCAUGACAUUUGUUAAGAAAACGACUGAGAUCAUGAAGAUGUUAGAUGAAGCUCCUGAUGUACUUCGUGGAAGUGAAGAGUUCAAAGAGUUAGGUGAAGCGACGAAUAUGUUGAUGGCUGUUUUACAGAAACAUUCUCAGGAUUUUGCCACACCUACACAGAUGGACAGGGAGAUGGAGGUAUUUUGGCCGAACUCGGUCAACCUUGAAAUCUUAGCACACGCUGAGGUGGAUAGUAUAAAGAGAACAAACGUUCCUCAAAGGAGGGAAGAUCUGCCAACAUUUAGUAUAGGUCUCACACAAGACAUUGCACCGAAUGAAGUAAGAGAUGGUGCUCUUCUGGGGUUUGAGAAGAACAGUAUACAAGAAAAGGGGAAGGACAAAGCUGAUGGCAGUGUGCAGUUUGUUUUAAAUGACGAAAUGGUAGCGGGUGGGGGUCAAUCAAGUUCACAUGUCAAUCCCUUGCCGGAAAUCAGAAAGGAGAUUGUAGAGACAGAAGAAUUGGGGCAGCUAAAAAGAAAACAAACUGCUGGAGCUACAAUGAAAUCACCCUACUUAAGAAGAGUUAUCGAUCCAAGUGAUGCAUUAGCCGUAGUUGAACGCGCAAUGGGCGGUUGGAUACUUCUUGACGUUGAUGGAGAUGCGAAUGAGGUUAUUUUCAAAGGCGUUAACCAAUUGAAGCUUACCCGCGGACAACUGAUGAGCAUCAAGGAUGGUUGCCACAUUGAGGAAAGUGUAAUCAAUGCUUGGGCAUUCACGUUAAAUUGUAAAGAGAAAGACCGAAGCAGUGAGUCUACCAGUAGAGUAUUUGCUAAAGUCUUGCCCUGUCUUGAGACACAGGCAGACCUGGGAUUGAGUGCUGACAGUGCUUACCCCCUUUUUGUGGAAGCCAUUGAAUUUGGGUUGGAAGCAAUAAAAGUCCACACUGCACUUUCAAAAGUUGAUUUGGUAUGCAUGUUUUAUUGAAUUAUAAUGCAUUGCUAUUAAUUUGCAAAUUGUAAAAAAUGGUUAUUUUGGUGCAGUUUUUCUUCCCGAUAAUGCAAGUGCAUCACUGCUAUGUACUUUGUCUGAAUACUAAGCUGAAG